GGUUCCUUUUGAUACGCAUAAUCUUAAAAAGGCCUUCCUUAUCUUCUCCUCUUCAAAAUCUUGAACUAGAGAAGACAACAAAAGGCAUAGCUUUCUUUUGUAGAAUCCUCUGAUACUCAGAUUCUCUCAUCUCAAGAAAAAAACACAAAAAAGGAAAGCUCUGUUUGAGAAAGAUGAAGAUACAAUGUGAUGUGUGUGAGAAAGCUCCGGCUACACUAAUAUGUUGUGCCGAUGAGGCUGCUCUGUGCGCUAAAUGCGACGUUGAGGUUCACGCCGCUAAUAAGCUCGCUAGCAAACACCAACGCCUUUUUCUUAACUCUCUCUCCACCAAGUUCCCUCCCUGCGACAUCUGCCUUGAGAAGGCAGCUUUCAUAUUCUGUGUUGAGGAUAGAGCUCUUCUCUGCAGAGACUGCGACGAGGCGACCCAUGCGUCUAAUACUCGCUCUGCUAAUCACCAGAGGUUCUUGGCCACUGGAAUCAGAGUCGCUCUGAGUUCAACUAGUUGCAGUAAAGAAGUGGAGACGAAUCAUUUCGACCCAUCUAACCAGCAGAAUGCAAAGCAGACUCUCCCUAAACCUCUAAUUCAACAGUCUGCUGCUCCAUCUCCACCAUGGGAUGGUGAUGAAUUCUUCCGCUACUCUGAUCUUGAGUGCAGUAAUAAGCAGAAAGAGCAGCUCGAUCUCGGGGAGCUAGACUGGCUUGCAGAGAUGGGUUUCCUUGAGGACCAGCCUGAUCAAGAAACUCUACCGGUAGCUGAAGUUCCCGAGCUUUCGUUUUCACAUUUGGCUCAUGUUCAUUCCUACAAUAGACCCAUGAAGUCCAAUGUUUCCAACAAGAAACCGAGGCUUGAGGUCCGGUAUGAUGAUGAGGAAGAGCAUUUCCUUGUCCCUGACCUAGGCUAAGCUUGUAUAUAGCACUUGCUUCGCCAUAUGUAUCUAUACGUGCUCAUCUAUUGUCUUUGUCUUGCUUUCUCUGUGAUCUGAUUCGAACCAGUAAUAGGUUUAAGGAACAAUCUUCUCGUUUUA